AUGCCCCCCAAAUCGAAUGGUGUUACCAAGCAACGUACUCCGCGCCGGAAGGUUGCCUUAGCGUGCGAUGCAUGCCGAGAGAAGAAGAUCCGCUGCGAUGGUGAGAAACCGAUCUGUGGGUCGUGUCUGAGACGUUCCCAUGGCAUUGCGCAAUGUGUAUACAGCAUGGAAAACCCCAGAACGGCUAGUCAAGAUGAGUAUAUCCGGGUUCUGCGCUCGCGGAUCACUGAACUAGAAGAGAUCUGUCUGCAAGCAGGAGUUUCGUCACCAACCCUCCGUGAGGAUGCAUACCAAAAAGACUCUCGUAUGGACACAGUACAAUCAGGAAGCCCACAUCAACAGUCAAGUCCUCAAACCGUCGCCGAUGAUCAAGUGCGUCGAACAAUCACCACACUUCCCGACGUUGAGCAGCAUGUGGCCGUCCAGGAGCCCGUAAUGUCAGAAGCAGGCCAUAGCCAUCAGCAGAGCUCGUCACGUUCCUUCCACGCGGGUCCAACUCCCAGUUCCACCAUCCGAGGCAACUCAGAUUCUAAUGUUCCUCGAGGGAGAAGGCAUAUGUACAUCCCCUCUGAACCGAGCUCAGUAUCGCCACAUUUUGAUACUCCGGGCCAUGUCACAGCCAUGGGGCAAAUUUCUGCACCGGAUCAUGCAUUGGCAUCUCCGACCCCGGUCAGAGAAUUUUACGGAUCCUCCUCGACCGCGUCCCUGAUGAGGUUCGCGCGCGUUUCCAUCCCUUGGCAGUCAUCCACGUCGGCCAGCGCUGGCCCUGACUCAGGCCACUAUCAAUUCCGUGAAUCGCCCAACACGCAGUUUCAGCUUAAUGACUUCACAUUGCCCCCACGCUCGGUAGCAGAUCACCUCCUGGACUGUUUUUGGGACCGUAUAGCCUGCAUCUAUCCCUUCUUUGACCGAGCCAGCUUUGAGAAAGCAUAUGAAAAUCUGUGGAAAUCGAGGAAGGAAGAGAUGAAUGAGCUACCUGACAUGCACAUCGGUCUUGGUGGACAGUUUGACUCCACACCCAAGUCGAUCGUGUUUCAUUGCGCUCUUAAUGUGAUGUUUGCGCUUGGCUGUCAUUUUUCGGACAUUUCGCUCCACGAGCGGGAGGCAACCGCACACUCCUUUUUCCUACGCUCGAAGCGCUUCGUAGGCCUAGAUCUGCUCGAGAUCCAUACGGUCGGGGUCGUUCAGGCCUUGCUCAUGGUGGCGCUAUAUCUGCAGAGUAGCCCCUACCCGAGUAGAUGCUGGAAUGCAAUCGGACUGGCCUGCCGUCUCGCCCAGGGCCUGGGCUUGCAUGAAGCCAAGACCCCAUCCUCGAUGACGUUUCUAGAAACAGAAGUUCGCCGGCGGACAUGGCAUGGCUGCGUGAUGUUAGACGUAUCCGUGAGCAUGACCCACGGCCGACCGAGCAUGACCAGCCAUCUAGCCCCAAUCCCGUUGCCUGAUGCUUCAGAUGCAGAUGCUCCUUUGCACUUCUAUGUGGCAACAAUCGAGCUGUAUCGGAUUUUGGAUAGAGUUCUGUCAGAUGUGUAUAACAUGUGGCGCGGCCGGUCCAAUGAGGGUGUGAACACAUGUACGUCUUGGUCGGAGGGCAGUUUCGAUCCUCUGCUAGAUUUGGAACGACAACUACAGUCUUUUCAAGACAGUCUACCUUUGGACCUGAACUGGGUCACCCCUGAGCGAGAGCACCCUGUCGAGUCGGCUAUUCUCGCUCGACAACGAAACAUUAUUCGCUCACGGUACUAUUAUAUCCGCCUCUUACUAUACCGGCCAUUUUUCACACAAGUCUGCUCAGAUAAGAGUUCACCUGCUCCGAGCCGGCAAGGCAGGUGUCCAGCCUGGGGAGAUGCAAAGAGUUCUCUUCAAUCCUGCAUUGUUGACAAGUGCGCAGCUACCUGUGUUUCAACGGCAAUUGAUUUGGUUCAGUUGACAUAUGAGACGUACUCGACGCCAUUUACCGAUGGUUGGUGGUAUAAUGGGUUUUAUGCGUCCACAUGCGCCCUGGUCCUUAUUUUGGCCUCCUCGGUCCCAUCGCUAUCAAACUCGGUCAAUCCCACAGUAAUCGAAGAAUCCUGGAAGAAGAGUGAAACCGUCCUCGCCCACAUGGCUACAUUUAGCCAGUCGGCACGGACUUCGCUCCGCUUCUUACAAGCCGCCUUCCAUCAAACGGCACACAGCCGGCUUUCUUCCCGGCCCGCUCCAGGAGACGUUCCGAACUCCGGUGUACACUCUACACCGGAUGAGCCUACGACCGUCCCCCGUACCAGCCCACUCGCAUUAGACUCAUCGUAUUGGACAGACUCCGACUAUGGUUUUGGCACGUUGCAAGAUGACCUGGGUCUGCUUUCAUGGAUCGAUGUGCCUGACAUGCGGCAAUGGCUACGGAGUGAAUCGCGUCCUGCAUGUAAUUCUUAACCAUCUAAU